UUUAAACCUGUGCGCCACGACUUUAUAAGCAAUUCUUUUUCAACUGACAGGUUGUGCAGAUCAAUUGUAUUUGAUACAAGUGCUCACGUGACAGUUUGUUAGAAGGCGUCACUCUAGCCUCGGCGCUCGCAUGCAUUUGUUAUCUGGUCAUUUUGCUGUGUGGCAGUUUGCAAAUUAAAGAAACGAAUCAACUAAAGCUAAAGACAGCUAGCUAACGGUAGAUUUUUUUUUUUUUUAAAACUGUCCUUGCUACAAGCGACAGUCGAAAGUCCUGUUCAUAUUAGAUAAACAUGGCUGAGUUGAUGGCGGGUUUCGGAGUGUUCACCCACGCUCUUGUUCGGGGUAUCGCUGCAUCCUUACCCAAAGAAGCGCUGAGGAUGAACAGUGCGGAGGUGGAUCUGGCCCGGGCUCAGCGGGAGCAGGAGAUCUAUGUUCGGGUGCUGAAGCACAAUCUCGGGCUGCAAGUGAUCGAACUGCCCGCAGACGACAGCUUGCCAGACUGUGCGUUUGUGGAGGACGCUGCCGUGGUGUGUGGAGAUAUUGCUCUCAUCACUAGACCCGGGGCACCCAGCAGGAGAAAAGAGACUGAAGCAGUGAGAAAAGCCCUGAAAGACCUUGGUCUCAAUAUAGCGGAUAUGGCUGAUGAUACCGCUAAGCUGGACGGUGAUGUGCUGUUUACAGGUAGAGAAUUCUUUGUGGGCUUGUCGAAAAGGACAAAUCAGCGCGGUGCAGAAAUUCUUGCGGAUACUUUCAAGGCCCAGCUAAUGACUGAUGUCUCAACAGUCCCUGUCUGUGACAAUUUGCAUCUGAAGAGUUUCUGUAGCAUGGCUGGCCCAGGACUGAUCGCUAUCGGCUCCAGUGAACCUGCACAGAAAGCCCUGAAGAUUAUGCAGCAGAUGAGCGACCAUCGCUAUGACAAGUUGACAAUACCAGACGACGACGCAGCAGCAAACUGUAUCUAUUUAAACAUCCCAAACAAAGGCCAUGUUGUGCUACACCGCAUACCGGAAGAGUAUCCUGAAAGUGCAAAGGUAUUUGAGAAAUUGAAGGAGCACAUGCUGAUUCCAGUAGCUGUCACAGAAACCGCAAAAGUAGAUGGAGCGCUCACCUGCUCAUCUAUUCUCAUCAGCAAACAAUGUAAAAUCUGACACACGAUGAAAGAAGUUCCUGGAAAAUGGCAAAAAUAUAAAAAUGAUGUUUGGUACUUGAGCCUGUGCCUAUUGAGUAACCCCUGUGCUUUUAAACGUCUGUCACUGUGCACUAAGCCCUUUUUACAGUCCUUAAAUUCAAGCAGUGAUGUCUGGAUACCCAGGGAUUAGGAUGGCUUGAUCGCCAAUGUAUCCAUUUUUAAUGUAUUCCUGCCUUUUGAGGUUUUAAAGAAAGAAUUGUUAUGCAUUUCCUGACUGACUUGCAGCACAUAGUCAUAUGUCUUCAGCAUCAUAGUCACACCUUCAUCCUGACUGAAACAUGCACACAUAUGAGGGACUAAUGUAUGUAAGGCUCUGUGACUAGCACUUCAUAAUAUAUAGUUUGUAGUGUUGCGCAAUACCAAAAAUGUGAAUCACGAUACGAUACCAAUUCAUGUAUCAUGAUACGAUACCAAUUCAUGUAUCACAAUACUCAAUACUGUCACGAUACUAUCAAUUGCAUAAAGUCCCCUAGGAAAAAAGUAAUGUAGUAACCAAAGGGAAGAGAGUAAAAACACCCAAACUGGACCCUGGUUUAUUGUCCUCUUUUAAAACAUAAAUCAAACAGCAUGUACAAUACAUGUAACACAAACAUUAUAAAAGCAGUUUAAAAGAAAAACAUUCAGUGCAGUCUUCUUCAGAUUUUUUUAUCUUUACAGUUUAAGUUCAUUUGUAAAAAAUCUCUGUUUAUGCUUAAAUUUACAGUGAUUGUCACAAGUUUAACUAAGGAAGUAAACCGCACAGUUUGCAGCUAGAUGGUUUUAUUCUGUAUAACUUUUUCAGAAUGCCCAUGUUGCGUAAAAUAUGAAUACUAAAAAGAUAUAUCCAAAAUCAGGUGUUCAAGGUCAUUUCAGUUUACAAGCCACUGCAUCAAUAUUCAGUACAUGCAAAAGUUCACAUUUCAUUAAUUUACUGAAAAAUAAAAUAAAUAUUCUGAUGAAAACAAAAUAAUUCAAUUAAACAAUUUGCAGACCGUUGUUAUAAAAAGUGCAUACUUGAUUAAACGUACGUUACUUAAGCGAUAGUGCCUGUCGAUGAAGGCUCUACCGUGUGGUAUUUGACUGCCACUGGAGUUUUGUACUCAAGUCAAGGUUAACUACCACACAGCACAGCCAUUAUCGAGAGGGCACUCUCUAUUAGAAAACAGUUUUUCUCAUUGUUUUCUUUAAAACCACUGGUGGUUUUCGUCGGUGCAAAGUGUUGAUUGGCUGCUUUUGGACCAAUUGUGUCUUUGUUUAAUAUUUGCUGUCCAAUCGAUGUGAGAAUUGAGCUUUCAUUACAAGAAGUCAAAAUGAAAAAGCUGGCACUUGUGGAGAAUGAUUUUAAAUGUGAUGCUGUGAUGUAGCAGCAGGCAAAUACUGUCUGAUAUUAGCCCGCUAGAGCAUGUGCAUAAUAAAUAAAUAACAUAAAUAACACCUGGCAAAAUGUGUAGGGAUUUUGAUAGGCAUUACGUAAAUUUUUUUGUUUUGUUUUGUUUUCUAAAAAUAAAUAAAUAUUUAAAAAUGCUUAGCACUUCAAAACAAUGUUAAUUCAAUAAAUAAUUGUUUAAAUAAUAAUAUUAAAAUAUAAUACUAGUUUGGGGUCUUUUUUUUUGCUUUAAGUUAACCAUGCUUUUGUAUGUGGGAUGCAUUUGCACCUCUUUUCACCUUACUGCGAACAAAGGGUUAAUUUCCAAGAGCUGUCAUUUCUAUUUGAAUCAUUGAGUGUUGUUUUUAGUUUGAUCGGAAGUCCUCAUUUUAUUUACUGUUUGCAUGUACAUUGUUGAUACAAGUGAGGGUUACUGACUGCAUUAUUGAGUGAGCUCUAACUUAAAUACUACUAUACUUCCAACAAUGUUGUGGAGUUGUGUUUUUUCACAAGCAAUACUUAGUUUGGCUGUUAAGUGUUUACCAUUUUUAAAGCAUGCGCAUGUCAGAUCAUGGUCGUACCGUCUCCACGAUAUUAUGGUGACGCAGUCAAUGGCCCGAUGCUGGUAUUGUGUUAUAUGGGUACUGGUAAUAUCACCCAACACUAUUACAGCUGAGUUCUUCCAUUCAGGAUGAAACACAUCAUUGUAAUGAGACUUGGAAGGCAUUUCAUUGGAAGAAUUAGUUUUCUGUAAAUAAGCCAACUUUGUUUUAUUUCGAUGCACAUUUUUGGUAGAAUUUAUGACAAUGGUUUCAUACAGUCUGGCACUGCUGGAACGACAACAUUAAAGUCAUAACUAAGGCACUUGGCAGUAGAAAGAAAUUAUACCACAGAUUGGACUCUAUCCAACCUAAAACUCACACUAUAAAAUGUUGAACAGAUGUUGGGGGGUUUGGGUCACAGAGCAUCAGAUAGGACAGCCAGCCCCACAUAGCGUCCCUGCUUGCCAAUAAACACUUCUACUUAAGUCAAAAUGUUUUGUGCGUAUGAUAAUCAGGAUUUGGCUACCGAAUCUAAGGACCCCGCAGGAAAUAUUAAAAUGUGACUCCUUACAAUAUUUGUUUAGAUAUAUGUAUGUGUAUUGUAUUGUGUAAUGGGUAUUUUAAAAUGAAAAGAAUGACUUAUUUCUGCUGGUUGAUUAGGUAAAGGUACUUGGCUUUUGAUUCACCCUGCAAAAAUGUAUUCAGUUGUAUAUGCUUGCAUGCACACACAGUAGAUAGCACGCCACCACCAUGCUGGAGUUUUAAAGCCGCACACAUUAGUUGAGGGACUUUUGAGAAUGUGUAAGAAGUGUAAGGACAUGCUUUCAUUAGAUCUUCCUCAAGAUCACUUUAUGUUUUUAUUACUUUAUGACUUUAGAACAUUUGUGUGUGUCAGGGAGAUUUAUUUGUCCAUCUUAAAUUCGGAGUAUUACCAAUAGGACGCAUCAUUUGUGUUAAAUAAAAUUUUCAUUCCGUGGCUAA